CUGCUAGUGAAGCUGGCUGAACACCUGAAAGGUGGAGAACUCAGUCUGCAGGAGAAAGGGAACAUAUAGCAGCCGGAAGCAACGAAGGGACAGUUUGUUUGAUUGCCAGGUGAAGACGACCGAUCGGCAUAAUCUGCCAUUCUGUUCCUGCAGCAGAAAAAAAACAUACAAUCAAUGGAAAACAACAUGUUAACAGCAGAGCAGAGAUGAACCUCGCAAGCGUCUGUGAAUUCUGUUUUUCACUGACAUCUGCAGGGUUUGGCCUCGUAGGUCGAAGAGGAGAUUGGCUAGCUCUAUGGACAUUGCUUCAGAAGAUGCUCUUCUUUCUGCUACCUGCCGUGACUCUCUUGCUGAGCACAGAAACGGCGGUCUACGCUAUCAGUCACGAGAAAUGGCCGGGCACCGUGGCUCAGUACAACAAGGAUCGAUCCUGGAACAGAUUCAGAGAUGAAGCAGAGGAUGAUUACUUUAAAAGCUGGGCUCCUGCCAAGUCUCUGGACCAAGAGCGAGUGGCUGAACCUGGCAGAAUCAGAGAGGAAGGAAUUCAAACCCACUCUGCCAAAAAGACUGGACAGAACGGCCCUGAUGCAACCAAGGAUUCGUGUUUGAGAGUUCGCUGUCCUCCUCACAAAGUGUGCAUCAGCCAUGACUUCCAGACCGCCAUCUGCACUAAUAACAAGCAACCUUCACACAGUGUGAAAGCCAGGAAAGGCAGCGUGGGCCACAGGCAUGGGGUUGAACCUGGACCUGCGGGAAAGUGUAGACUCUGCUCAGCAUCCCAGUCAUCUCCUGUAUGUGGCUCUGAUGGACACACCUAUUCCUCUAAAUGCAAAUUGGAGUUUCAAAGCUGCUUGUCUGGGAAGACGAUCUCAGUUAAAUGUGAUGGACAGUGCCCUUGCUUACCUGGUCAGGAGUUCAGCAAACCAUCACAUAAUACAGAGAAGGCUGGCUGCUCAGACGCAGAGCUCCACAGUCUGGCUGCCAGACUGAAGGACUGGUUUGGAGUCUUACACCUCGAUGCCAACAGAGACCUCAAAUCCUCUGACAGUUUUGACUCCACCACCGGACAUUUUGACACCAGCAUAUUACCCAUUUGCAAGGACUCACUGGGCUGGAUGUUCAACAAGCUUGACAUGAACUUUGACCUGCUGCUGGACCAAUCGGAGCUGAAUGCCAUCUAUUUAGACAAGUAUGAGCUGUGCAUGAAGCCUCUCUUCAACUCCUGUGACUCCUUUAAGGAUGGCAAGCUGUCCAACAACGAGUGGUGCUACUGUUUCCAGAAGCCUGAAGGACUUCCUUGUCAGACUGAGAAAACCAGGAUCCAGAAUCAGAGUCGAAGAAAGAGCCUCAUAGGCUUCUAUGUUCCUCGCUGCACUGAGGAGGGCUACUACAAACCAACCCAGUGUCAUGGCAGCACCGGCCAGUGUUGGUGUGUGGACAAAUAUGGCAACGAGAUUGCUGGAUCCAGAAAACAGGGCAACCCUAACUGCGAUGAGGACCCAGAGACAUCGGGGGACUUUGGUAGCGGCGGUGCUGUCAUUCUCCUCGAUGACCAGGAGGAGGAGCCAUCACACAGUGAACGUAGCAGGCAGAAGAAAAGGCGGGGCCGGAUCCACCCCCGGGGAACUAUCGAGGAUGACGAGGACGAGGAUGAGGACAAAGAUGAUGAAACUGGUUAUAUCUGGUAGCUCCACUACGUCAUUUUACUUUGCCAUCAGCUGACCAGAAAACUCUGUUAACUCAGCACAGAUCUGAAGCCAUUCCAACAUCUCCUCCUCCGGCUACCUUGGCAGCGGCCCAUCUUUUGACUCUGAACCUGCUCCUGUAAUCCCUGCAUUUUACCCAAUCCUCCUCUUCACUGAACCUCAUUCAAACUUUUUAUUCCUUAAAUUCCACUCAUUUCUCAGCUAAAUAAAACAGAGUUUUAAACAUUUUAAACAAAACUAUCAAGAUCCUGUUAGAAAUUUGCCCAUUUCCGUCCACAUCCUGGCUUUUACUCCUCCUAAAAAAGCCCUCCAAUUUGUAAACCCUUCAAAUAUAGAUACUUUUUAUCUUUUGCUCUGUUCCCAUCCUCUUUCUCUCCUAUUGAUGUGAGUAUCAGUGUCUCUGGUAAGUCUGUAAGCCCAGGCACAUUAGCUGAUAUAUUGGAUGUAAAUAUGUUUCCUGCAGGAAGGCUUGAUUGUGGAUUCGUUUCCCUGUUGUUUGUUUGCGGCUCAUUUUUGUGUUCUGUGUUCCACCGCUGGGCUCCCUCCAGUGUUUCCCGCAAAUUGCUGCCACAGUUUAAAGCUCCGAGACGCCCCACCAGUACCAACCUGCUCCACUCCUCUGUUCAUUUUUGAAGGAUUGUAAUUUUUUUUUUUUUUUUUUUUUUUUAUGUGUUCGGAGAGCCCAGGAAACAAUGAGAUUAAUGAUGUAUUGUUGUUGUUGUUGCAUGUUUCUCAUCUUGUACCUGUAAAAGAGAGAUUUACCUGGCCAGGUCCAGCUCUAUGCAUCUCAAACUGAAAGUGAUGCCUAUUUUGGCUGCUACAAUAUGUUGCUGUUGCUAUGUUGAUGCUGUCUAGUGUCCUUUCAGUUCUUCUCCCAAUCUCAGGAGGUAGGAAAUUGUAUUGCAAGAGAGAUAGUGGGCCUGGAGUGCAAAUCUGUAUGCCUCGGCCUACUCGUAUUUUGCUAAGUGGUCCGUAGGUCUGCUGAGGCCUUUCGACUGUGCAUGGACACCGGAUGAGGUAGCUGCUCCUGAGCUGGGAGGACAUAUGACAUCCAGCGGAGACAAGAGCCUGCUCUGCCUCCCAACAUUGGAUAUGUUCAGUGAAUUGAAAUCAACUGCGUAAACUUUUAUUUAUUUUAAAAUUUAAGUAAAGUGACACCUUGAGUGUCUUUUGAACCUUA